CGGGCGGGCGCGGGGCCGGACCGCCGGGCCGGACCGCCAUGGACCACAAGCCCCUGCUGCAGGACCGGCCGCCGCCUUACAACCUGGAGAGCGGCCAGGGCGAAUACGCGUGCGGCCCGCACGGCUACGGCGCCAUCCCCACCGCGCCCCCGCCGCCGCCUUACCCCUACCUCGUCACAGGGUUACCCACGCAGCACCCCAGGGUCUACAACAUCCACAGCCGGGGCGUCACCCGCUACCCCGCCAAUUCCAUCGUGGUCGUCGGAGGCUGCCCGGUGUGCAGGGUUGGGGUGCUGGAGGACUGCUUUACCUUCCUGGGCAUCUUCUUGGCCAUCAUCCUGUUCCCCUUCGGGUUCAUCUGCUGCUUUGCCUUGAAGAAGCGGAGAUGCCCCAACUGUGGCGCCACCUUCGGCUAGAGGGCACGCCCCGGCUUCCCGGCCGGCUCUUUCGUCAUGUAAAUGUGUACAGUCGUUCAUUGAUGGAUGAAGCUUCGGGACUGUUGGGUCGGGCGAGGUGGGCUAGAGGAGGCACAUGUGAGCCCGGGGCCCUGCUCCCAAGGCCCCGACAGCCCAAGAAAGCACUGCUUCUAUUUUUUGCAGUCUUCAGUUUGAGAGAGGUGAGAAAUACCCUUUUAAAUAAACAAGAUUCGUACCAUUA